CGUAGAACCCUAAACCCUAAUCCUGUCCACCAUUUGAUUCUCCGUUGUCCCCACGCCGAAGCCCUUCUUCGGUCUCCUCUCUUCCUCUCGCGGCCUCUCCAAUUAAACGUAGAAACCCUCUGUUUAGCAUCCUGUUACAGAGAGGUUGCAUCUCCUCCGCCGCCUUAUUCCUGACUAGCUGCAGCCUGCACUUCGGGACUUUAACAUAUCUUCAUUUGCCAUAGACCUCCGAGUCUAGACUUUCAACUAUACAGAAGUACUGCCCAUUCAGCUAACUACAGAAGGCAUGACCAAACCUUCAAAGAAACCCUUCAACAAGACAUCAGACGACAGGCUUAAGACAUUUCAAAAACCAUCUAAAAAGCCUUUUAAACCACUUCAAAAAUCAAAUGGUGCCAUGUCUAAAGAUGCUCAACCAAUUCAUCUUGAAGACGAUGUCCCUGACUUCCCCAGAGGUGGGCAUAGUUCACUCAGCAGGGCAGAGGUAGAUAAAGUUCGGGCAGAGGUUGACAAAGAGUUUGGAACAGAGACUAUAGUUUUGAAGAAGAAGAAGAAAGAGAAAGCUAGAAACUCGAGUCAAUCAAAUGAAGAUGAAUUGGGUUCUCUUUUUGGUGAUUCACAUGGUGGGAAAUUGCCUAGAUUUGCUAACAAGAUCACUUUCAAGAAUGUUACUCCUGGAAUGAAGCUUUGGGGUGUAAUUUCUGAAGUGAAUGAAAAAGAUCUUGAAGUUAGUCUUCCAGGUGGCCUUCGUGGAUUAGUUCGUGCUUCUGAAGCAAUAGAUCCUCAGUUACAUGAUGAAAUGGAAGUGGAUACAGAAGAUGAAGUUCUUUCUUCCAUAUAUAGUGUUGGUCAAUUGGUUUCAUGCAUAGUACUUAAAUUAGACAAUGAUAAUAAGAAAGAGAAAGAGAAAGGAAAGCAUAAAAUCUGGCUAUCUUUGCGUCUUUCUUUGUUGCAUAGUAACUUCACUUUGGACAUUCUUCAAGAAGGAAUGGUCAUUAGUGCAUAUGUGAAAAGCAUUGAAGACCAUGGUUACAUGCUUCAUUUUGGAGUCACUUCAUUUACUGGUUUUAUGCAACACAGCAGCAAAGACACUAAGGUGGUUGUUGGGAAACUUGUACAAGGAGUUGUAAAGAGUAUUGAUAGAACACGUAAAGUUGUGAAUCUUAGUUCUGAUGCUGAUGAGGUGACAAAGGAUCUUAAAGGCAUUCCAUUCAAUCUGCUUGUUCCUGGUAUGAUGGUUAAUGCUCGUGUGCUUUCAACUCUUGAAAAUGGCAUCCUACUCUCCUUCCUCACCUUCUUUACUGGAACUGCUGAUGUAUUUCAUUUGGGAAAAACUCUCCCUGAUUCAAAGUGGAAAGACGAGUACCCUCAAAAUAAGAAGGUCAAUGCUCGGAUUUUGUUCAUUGAUCCAUCAAGCAGAGCUGUUGGUUUGACUUUAAAUCCCCAUCUUAUUAAUAACAAUGCUCCACCUUCACUUGUUAAAAUUGGAGAUAUUUUUGAUGACUCAAAAGUGAUCCGAGUUGAUAGGGGAUCAGGACUUCUGUUGGAAAUCCCUUCAACUCCAGUUCCAACUCCAGCAUAUGUAAAUGUGUCAGAUUUGUCUGACAAGGAAGUCAAGAAAUGGGAGAAAAGCUUCAAAGAAGGAAGCCUUGUUCGUGUGAGAGUCUUUGGAUUCCGACUCUUGGAGGGCCUUGCUACUGGUGUUUUAAAGACUAGUGCAUUUGAAGGAACUGUUUUCACUCACUCUGAUGUCAGACCUGGAAUGAUAGUGAAGGCCAAAAUCGUAAUUAUUGAUAGUUUUGGUGCAAUUGUGCAAUUUGCUAGUGGUGUGAAGGCACUUUGUCCUCUUCGUCACAUGUCAGAAUUUGAAAUUGUAAAACCUAGAAAGAAGUUCCAGGUUGGUGCUGAGUUAGUCUUCCGUGUCCUUGGUAUCAAGUCUAAAAGAAUUACAGUCACACACAAGAAAACACUCGUAAAAUCAAAGCUUCCGAUUCUUAGCUCAUAUACAGAUGCAACCGAAGGAUUAUGGACACAUGGAUGGAUAACAAAAAUUGAAAGCCAUGGAUGUUUUGUCAGGUUUUACAAUGGUGUCCAAGGAUUUGUCCCAAGGGCUGAACUUGGUCUAGAUCCAGGAUCUGAUGUGGGUUCAAUGUAUCAUGUUGAGCAAGUUGUGAAAUGCAGAGUUACAAGCUCAGUUCCUUCUUCAAGAAGAAUCAACCUUAGUUUCUUAGUGACACCUACACCUGGAAGGGUAUCUGAAGAUGAUACAGUGAAACUUGGGAGUAUUGUAUCAGGUAGUGUUGAAAGAGUAACUCCUCAUGCAAUAAUAGUUAAUGUUGAUGUUAAAGGUUACAUCAAGGGCAUGAUUUCUCCUGAACAUCUGGCAGAUAACCAUGGGCUUGCUUCUAUGAUGAAGUCUGUAUUAAAGCCAGGAUACAAGUUUGAAAAACUUUUGGUUUUAGAUGUUGAGAACAAAAACUUGAUACUAACUGCAAAGUAUUCUCUUGUUAAUGCAACUCAGCAAUUGCCUGCAGAUGUCAGUCAAGUUUAUCCACAUUCAGUGGUGCAUGGGUAUAUCUGUAAUAUCAUCGACACUGGUUGUUUUGUUCGCUUCAUUGGGCGUUUGACUGGUUUUGCUCCUAAAAACAAGGCUGUUGAUGACCAAAGAUUUGAUCUUUCUGAAGUGUUUUAUGUUGGGCAAUCUGUUCGUAGUAACAUACUUGAAGUUAAAAGUGAAACAAGCAGGAUAACACUAUCAUUGAAGCAAUCAUUGUGCUCUUCUACAGAUGCAUCUUUCAUUAAAGAAUACUUUCUCUUGGAGGAAAAGAUUGCAGAGCUGCAUUAUUCUGAUUCAAAGUCCAAUAGUCUGAAAUGGGUGAAAGAGUUCCCUAUUGGUAAUGUGAUUGAGGGAACUGUUCAUGAAGCAAAAGAAUCUGGAGUUAUUAUAAGCUUUCAGAAGUAUAAUGAUGUUUUUGGAUUUAUCACACAUCAUCAAUUUGGUGGAUCAAAUGUAGAUAUUGGUUCAACUGUUAAAGCCACAAUUCUUGAUGUAUCAAAAAUGGAUCGCCUUGUGGAUUUAUCUUUAAAGCCUGAGUUAGUUAACAGAUCCAUGGAGACUUCUAGCUCCAAAACUCCCAAAAAGAUGCGCAAAAGGUCAGCUUACAAGGAUUUGGAAAUGAAUCAAACUGUAAAUGCAGUAGUGGAAAUUGUGAAGGAGAAUUAUUUGGUUUUAUCUAUCCCAGAUGCUAAAUUUGCAUUGGGAUAUGCAUCUUUAAAUGACUACAACACCCAAGCAUUCCAACAAAAACAAUUUGUCAGUGGACAAAGGGUGAUUGCAUCUGUGAUGUCUCUUCCAGAUUCUUCAACAGCUGAAAGGUUACUAUUGCUGCUUAAAUCCAACAAUGAGGUUGUGGACACUUCCAGCACAAAAAGGGCAAAAAAGAAGUCUAGUUAUGAUGUUGGAUCCACUGUUCAAGCUGAGGUUACAGAAAUAAAGCCUCUUGAACUCAAACUGAAAUUUGGCUCUAGUUUACAUGGAAGGAUACAUAUCACAGAGGCAAACGAUGACAACAUUCUAGAAGAUCCAUUCAGCAACUUCAAAAUUGGUCAAACUUUGACCACAAAGAUCGUGUCAAAAACCAAGGGUGAAAAUAGUAACAACAUUCGGUGGGAUUUGUCCAUUAGACCCUCAGUACUUUCAGAUGAAUCAUAUGUGAGUAAACCGCAAGAUUUCAGUUACUCAACUGGUGAAAAUGUAACUGGAUUUGUGUACAAAGUGGAUAAAGAUUGGGUCUGGAUAUCAGUAACCCGUGACAUAAGAGCACAGCUUUAUAUUCUUGACACCUCAUCUGAUCCUUCUGAGCUUCAAGAUUUCCAAAAAAGGUUUCAUGUAGGAAAACGGGUAUCCGGAUAUAUUCUAAAUACUAAUAAAGAGAAAAGAUUAUUGCGUGUAAUAUCACAUCCAGUAGUUGCUAAUGCAGCUUCAGAUGAAUCUUUCACGUCUCAUAUCUGUGAAGGUGAAGUUGUUGGUGGAAGAGUUUCCAAAAUACUGCCAGGUGUCAGUGGCUUAAUUGUCCAAAUAGAUCCACAUCUUUCGGGUAAAGUCCAUUUCACAGAGUUACAAGAUCCAUGGGUACCAAAUCCUUUAUCUGGAUACCAUGAAGGGCAAUUUGUGAAAUGCAAAGUUGUGGAAAUUGGUCAUUCUGGAACAGGAACUGUUCAUGUUGAUCUCUCUUUGCGUUCAUUUGUGAAUCCUCAAAGUAAUCGUUAUGAAAAGAUUGAGGAUCUUCACCCUAAUAUGACAAUAGAGGGGUAUGUGAAGAAUGUGACACCAAAGGGAUGUUUCAUUAUGCUUUCAAGAAAGCUUGAUGCAAAAAUCCUCAUCUCAAACUUAUCAGAUGACUUUGUGUCAAAACCUGAACAAGAGUUUCCAAUUGGGAAACUUGUAUCUGGAAGGGUGGUUUCAUUGGAGCCUCUGUCAAAGAGAAUUGAAGUUACUCUUCGGUCAACAAGUGGUACAAAAAGUCAAAAUUCUGACAUUGGUGAUUUCAGUAGUCUGAAUGUUGGAGAAAUUAUAAGUGGAAGGGUGAAGCGAAUUGAGUCUUUUGGUUUGUUUAUUGCAAUUGAUCAAUCUAAAUUAGUUGGACUAUGCCAUGUGUCUGAGCUCCCUGAAGGUCAUAGUGAAGACAUUGAAACAAAGUACAAAAUUCGGGAGAAAGUUAAGGCCAAGAUUUUGAAGGUUGACGAAGAGAGACAAAGAAUCUCCUUAGGAAUGAAGGCAUCAUAUUUCGAUAAUCAAACACAAGAAAUUCAUAAUUCUGAUGCAGAUUCAGAUUCAGAUUCGGAAUCAGACAAUCCUAUUCCAACUGAGACCCCCCCGGAAUCACUGAUUCCAUUCUCAAACGGGAAACAUCCAGCAUUAGCUGAAGUGGAAUCCAGAGCUUCUGUCCUUCCUCUUGAAGUUACUUUAGAUGAAGAAGCAGAUGAGUCGCCCAUGGAGGAUGAACAAGCUCAAAUUCCAGAGCCUCUUGAUGACAAAAAACCUGAAAAGAAUGAAAACAAAAGCAAACGAACAAAAAAGAAAGAAACAGAUGAAAGGGAACGAGAAAUUCGGGCUGCAGAGGAAAGACUAUUGCAGAAAGAUGUUCCAAGAACAGCUGAUGAUUAUGAGAAGCUGAUAAGAACCUCCCCAAAUAGCAGCUUUAUCUGGAUAAAAUACAUGGCAUUUUUUCUCUCCUUGAAUGAAGUUGAAAAGGCUCGAUCAAUGGCUGAAAGGGCUUUGAGGACAAUUAACAUCAGAGAAGAGUCAGAAAAGCUGAAUGUUUGGGUUGCAUACUUUAACUUAGAAAACGAAUACGGAUCCCCUCCAGAGGAAGCAGUGGUUAAAAUAUUUCAAAGGGCAUUGCAAUACUGUGACGCGAAAAAAGUCCAUUAUGCCCUUCUAGGAAUGUAUGAAAGAACUGAACAACACAAACUAGCAGAUGAGCUUCUUGAAAAGAUGAUGAAGAAGUUUAAGCAUUCAUGCAAAGUCUGGUUAAGGAAGAUUCAAAGGGUGUUGAAGCAAAACGAGGAUCUUGUUCAUUCUGUUGUGAAACGUGCUCUUAUUUGUCUUCCAAAACACAAACAUAUUAAGUUCAUUACACAGACUGCAAUUUCUGAGUUUAAAUCUGGAGUUCCUGAUAGAGGAAGAUCAAUGUUUGAAGGAAUGCUUCGAGAGUACCCUAAAAGAACAGAUUUGUGGAGUGUUUAUCUUGAUCAAGAGAUUCGGAUUGGAGAUGUGGAUGUGAUUCGUGCUUUGUUUGAGAGAACUAUAUGCUUAGAGCUUCCAGUUAAGAAGAUGAAGUUUUUAUUUAAAAAGUAUCUUGAAUUUGAGAAGUCACAUGGGGAUGAGGAGAGAGUUGAAUAUGUUAAGGCGGAGGCUCUUAAGUUUAUUGAGAAAACCCGUGGUUAACACUUUAACAUAACAUGACCAAUUUUUCGGAAAUUUUGAUGAUAUAAGAUAUGAGGAUUUUAAGGUUUUGUAGAGGUAAUGCAGUCAAUGUAUGUGAGGCAAUUUGUAUGUUCUUUUUUGUAUUAGUUACAAGUGUGUUUUGCAUGUGAAAUGGGUUCUUUUAGAGAAAGGGUAAAUCAGUAAUUUGUACUGAUGCCAAUUAACAGUUUGUUCCUCAUUCUCAAGUCACUAAUACUUUGAGUGAGAAGUUGGAACUUCAAUUAUAAAACAUUGGUUUUAAGAGCAAUAUUGUAAAAUCA